CAAAGGUGGUUGAAUCUUGAUACGUGUACAGAAUAGGAUGCGAGUACUUAGCAUUGGGGGUGAACCUGUAUCCCUCUUUUGAGCUUAUCCACCUUGGCAUUUCUUGAUUUAUGUGAAUCAUGACGACCGAAUCCUCAAGUGCAAAUAGUCCUUCAGAAGUCAAGUUGUAUGAAACCAUCGAGAACUACGAUUGGGGUUCGGAUCCGGAAUUCAGUGGUGGUUUGCAAUCCAUACUUCAAUCAGCCCAGUCUCCAGACCAUGCCACGGAUCUUGAAUCGCGGGCUAAGUGUUUCUAUCUCUCAAGGAAGCAUGGCGUCAGGAUAGACGUCAAUGGAUACAAAGCUUGGAAGAAGCAACAGAAAGGAACUACAGCACAAGAGAAUGGGAUUGAAUUAGGGAAUGGUACGGAAUCGGCCAAGGAAUCUUCUGCACCUCCCGCGGAGACGCAGAACAAUGACUCUGGGGCACAAGACGACUCUACUCCUGCUGGAGAUGCCCCAUAUCCAACCUCAUUCUCCGACAUCGUGGAGUUGAUCACGUCGGGGAAGCCAAUACCGGGUAUCAAGGAUAUUCCGGAUACAAUUCUCGAAGGCCAGGGCACGCAACCGUCGGCAAACAGACGAAAGAAGCCAUGGGAAAAGGAUGUAUCCUAGUUGGCACACCAUUGGGAGCUGCGCUCUCACGUAGUUUACAACUACCCGGGAUAAAGUGCCUACAAAGUGUGUCUGCUGAUGGAUCGGGAGAGAGAUGGUGUGUUCCUGCCUGCAUCGGUCCGUAGGUUUUCCCUGUCGGACAGCUCUUGCAGUGAAGGACCUAUCGCCAUCCUCGGAGGGUUUCCCCUUGAGAUAUUCGUAAUUCGCGGCCUUCAAGCGCUCUUUGCGUCUAUGCAGGGCUUUUCGAAUCGACAAAGUCGCCCUCGCAAGCCAUUCGCCUCUUAGCGUAUUAAUGAGAUACUCACAUGGAGAUGUGCCACGGUGCAUUACUUCGAAUGGCGACGAGUUCUAAGAAUGAUAUAUUGUCACCCAAUUCUCUUUG